AUGAGCCUGCUGGCAGACAGAGCCAAAACGAUAAUUGCCUCGUCUAAGCUAUCGCCUGUCGAGAAGAACAUUCUUGACCAGACAUUUCUUGUAGCCUCUUGUGACGCGGAGACUGCGGCCUGUGAAAUUCUCCGACGCGUCGAGCAAGAUGGCGUGCCACUGGAGGAGGCGCUCCGGGGGUUGAAGCAUGACUGGUAUAGGAUCUUGGAGCUUUUAUCGGAACGAGUGAAAAUUGAUGGCGAACUUCAACAAAAGCUAUUCUUGCGCGAGAACGGCCAGUGCUGCUUGACUGGCGCCGUGCCACCAGGCACAAAAGCACAGCCAUUGCACAUCAUAUCGCCAGCACUGCACAAACUGUGGCUAAACCAGCAAGACCACAACUCUGUUUUGAGCUGCUUGGAGGCUUUUAUCACCCCGAGGAAUGCCGAUACACUGCGGCAGAUCCUUGGUGAUGCCUCUCUACGCAGCCAACUCGAAAACGCUAUUCUGACCAAGCUCAUGAAGCAUUUCAAAGGCAGGAACAGCAUUAUGCGGUGA